GAAAAGAAAAAAAACAUCAAAAAGCAAGUGAGAAUAAUAGGGGGUGGAGAUGUUGAGUUAAUCUCGGCUGAUAAUGGUUUAAAGCCGAGGAAAGCAUAAAGACAUCAACUAAGCAACAUCAUCUAUACCCAUACACAUCCCUAACCAUGUCUAUGUUAGAGACUGACUUUUACCAGCCACCAACCCAAGAUGAACUUAAACCAGGUUUUCUCGAGCGAUUAUCCAAAAUUCCAGCCAUGGGAAUUAUAUUUGCUGCCAUUGCGGCCGUUUUAUUUGCAACUGGUUCCUUGUGUGCCAAACUGGUUGAAACAGUGGAUGCCGUUGAAACCGUAUUAUUCAGAUCAAUUGUACAGUCUAUAAUAUAUACAACUGUGGUUAUAUCUUAUCGUGAACGUCUUAGUAUUACCAGAGGUGAACGUUUGCCUUUAGUGGCUCGAUGUGUCUGUGGUUUCAUAACAGCUUGUUGUAAUUAUUAUGCUAUUCAAUUCAUUUCUCUGGGUGAUCAAUCAACAAUUUCAUUCUCAUCGCCGGUCUUUGUCUCCUUGUUUGCCUGUAUUUGCUUAAGUGAAUCUUGUGGACUUAUUCAGGCGAUAUCAGCUGGACUUACAAUUAUUGGAGUGGUUAUGAUCUGUAAGCCGCCCUUUUUAUUUGGCGGUGAAUCAAGUUAUGAUGUAAAAUGGGGGAUUGGUGUUGGAACAGCUUUAGCAGGUUCUAUUACCCGUGCUGUUAAUGUAAUUUGCCUUCGUCGUAUGCGUCAAACACCAUCAGCAGUGGUUAUCUUUUACUUUUCUGUAUCAGGAAUAUUACAAUCAUUGAUCCUUCUCUUGAUUAUUGGUGAUUUAAAAGUACCUGGAAAUCUUCGGGAUAGCCUUAUGUUGAUAGGAGUUGGUGUUACUACAGCAGCCGGACAAUUUUUCCAAACUGUUGCUCUUAAAAUUGAAGAAGCAGGUCCUGUUUCAAUGACUAGAACUCUUGAUAUUGUAAUGUCGUUUGUUUACCAAGUGACGCUAUUGAAUGAAUCAGUAGAAUGGACUGACCUCAGUGGAGCUGCUAUUGUUUGUUGUUCAGUGAUAUUAGUUGGAUUACAUAAAUGGUACACCAAAAGCCCUGAAGUGUUCAAAUCAAUAAUUCCUGCUAGAUUGACUGCUAAAAUAUCAUCAAUCAAUACAACAACUCCUAACCAUACAACAUCAAUUGUACCUCCAGAGGACAAACGAAUCAGUUAUUUAGCAACUAACCAAGGACCAACAUUUACAAUUGGAAUCAAAAAAUGAAUGUCAAUUUUAUUUAUACAAUGUUUAUUACAUCAAUAAGGAACCAAGUUCCUAUUUCUGGAACUCAAGAUAGAGUAGCAAUCAUCCUAUUUUAUUCAUCGUAACAUCAUCCAUUUUUUAAUUGUUUCCCUAAGCUUGUUGUCUAUUUAUUAUUCCUAUUGACAUAUUUAAAGAAAAUAUAAAUACAUUUUAAUUAACUAGUCUGACACUUAAGUGAAGACUACUACUUAGUAUUAGCGUCCGUAUUGAUAAUUAACCAAUUUUAAUGACAAUAGCUGCACGCUAAUUGAAAAAAUUGGCUCGAUUCAGUGAGCCCAUCAUUAUUAUUAGUAAAAUAAAUUUACCUUUUUUUAAAAAAAUAGGCAAUAGGAAUCACGAGAAAACACAAAUAAUUGAAUUUGAUUUACUGUUAAUCAUUGUUUUUAUUAUGAUUUUUAUUAUUUUAAAUAAAUUCUAGACUAUGCUCUUUGAUGAGCAUCGAAACGAUCAUCUAAUCGAUCAAUCAAUGCAAAACAA